AUGGCACGCCUUGUAGGCUUUCUCCUGGGUGGAUGUGCAAGCAAUGCACCGGACAUGGUCGCUUGUCCAACUGAGUACGAAGCCAAUGCGGCGAUGUGGUAUUCGAUGUCGGGUGCCACUUCCAUUUUCGCCCCGCCAGGUCACAGGCCCGCGUGGUACUGGCAGGAGGUGAUGAAGCGCCGUGGGUUGUCCGGCACCGUGGAGGACCUGGGCUACGCGGACCUGUGGCUGGACCAGUUGUUUGGAGAGGCUCAGUCACAGCUGCUGGGGUGCUGGGUGCACGGAGGCCGGUAUUGGGAAGCCACCCUGCAGCUUCGAGCCAUGGCCCGCAAAGUCCCAGCCUCCAACGUGUCAGCGUUUUUGCGAUACCUGUCCCGGCUCGUUUUCAAGGGCACCAAGCUGGAGAUCGAAGGCGUGCCGGAGGUCUUAAGAACCAGCCUGUGCGCGCCAAUCAGUUGCCAGGAAGCUAUGCUGGCAGAGGUGAUCUAUCCCAAGUUCAUAGCGACAAGGCUUUUGAAAAGAGCCAGCGGUUUCUUGGAGCCACAGGAAUUGGCCCAGCUGCUUGAGAUAAAGGAAAUGAUGGACUGGUCCAGUAUCCAGUUGGACUUCGCAGUGGCUGGCGUGGACAGUUGCGGCACAUCUUCCUUACAUAGAAAUUUGGAUAAACACGUAGAAAUAGCAUUCUCCACAUCGGAUGAAGAUUUUUUCUUCUCCAACCAAGUAGUUCACCGUCUGCUUCCGCUGAAGCAGCAGGUAGAUGCAUACAACGCGCAACUGGAAGCCGUGCGUGAGGCCAAGUGGAGAUCGACAGGGCACAGGCCCACAUUGCUGGGGCUUUGUAACCCGACGCUUUUCUCCUACGGACUCCCCAGGCGUGCCCUGGCAUCGAUGCCCAACUUGAAGACAGUUGUGGUGCUGUGCGACCCCCUGAACCGCCUGGAGAAGGAAUUUGUCAUGUACAGGUACUGCCACGAGGAUUUGGCGCAGGCGAUGCAGCGCGGGCUCGCCUCCAGGGACCACCACGCGGCCAGCCACCCGAGAAAUUGUUUCCCGAGCGCGUCGGCGCUGCUGUCGGAGCGCUGGGGAGCUCUCCGGGACUUCUGGGCGAGCCGAGAGGUGGCACAGCACCUGCAAACGAUGCUCACCUUGUUUUCCGGACGCGGAAUGGUGCUGCACCAGGAACGGCUCAGCUCUAGAGAAACCUUCACCGCACUGGUGCAGUUCAUUGGGGCACAGUACGGCUUUUCGAAGGAGGCCACCUUUCCGCGGCACAACUCAGUGGGUGGGCACCGCUCGGAUUUGUGUUUUAAUAUGACUCUGGUGCAAUCCUUGCAGAGCCUGCUGGAGCCAGAGUACCGCAUGCAGGAGUACAUGUUCAGCAAGGCUGAAGAACCACUUCCCAGAUUGUUGGGCUCGCGUGUUACCCGAUGCCACCAGCUCAGUGCGGCGCAUUGCCCGUUUCGAGAAGCGUGCGAGCAGAGCCUUUAG